ACGGUCCCUAACUCGGGUAGGCAGAGUAGUUGAUGCUGAAUCGCCGAGCAGCAGCAGCAGCUCGCACUCAGUCCGUCGCUGCAGUCCAACAGAGCGACCGGUUAUCAACAUCCUCUCCGCGGAGCUGUAACGCUAUGUGGGUCUGAGCUGACGGUCAGCGGUUCAGCCACGGCACGACACCACGGUGUUUCAUUUGUGGACAUGAGGACACCUGCUACAGCGACUCCUUUCAAAACGUGGACCGGGAAUCCCGACAGGCAUCGAUUUUCGACGAGCAUAUGAGAAAGAACCAUCAUGGCCGUGUUCCUCCUGACAAGUCACCCUGUUACUGAGGGAUCUCUGCCUUUUUUGGUUUCUGGACCUACCAAAGCAGGGAUGAGAUAAUAAAGUUAACCAGUCGGUGCAUGCCGCUACAGCAACCCGUGGCACCUGUGAAACCCACCUUACCCCAUCCCUAGUAAAGUUAAUUUCAAACGGUCAAAAGAUGACAACGCCGGCUCUACUACCGCUGUCGGGCCGCAGGAUACCCACUCUGUCGCCGGGUGCCUCCUCCUUCCCGCACCAUAGGGCCACGUUGAGGCUCUCUGAGAAGUUCAUCCUCCUCCUCAUCCUCAGUGCCUUCAUCACCUUAUGCUUCGGGGCCUUCUUUUUUCUCCCAGACAAUUCCAAGCACAAGCGUUUUGACCUGGGCUUGGAGGAUGUGCUUAUCCCUCAUAUUGACACACCCAAGGAGGGCAAGCAUGCCUCAGGACAGGUGAUCAUACAUGGACAGGGAGGACACGAUGAGCACAGACACAGGGAAGAGGAGGAGAGCCUGCGGGAUAAGAUCCGUGCAGACCACGAGCGAGCACUGCAGGAGGCAAAGGAGAAGCUGCGAAAGUCACGUGAGGAGCUCAAGGCCGAGAUUCAGACGGAGAAGAACAAAGUGAUGGAGGACCUGAAAAAGAAGGACAUAGGGCCCAAACCGUUGCCGCCGGUACCCAUGCCUAAGGUGGUGGGCGUGAGCGACGGCGAGCCCCCAGAACCCGACGUCAAAGAGAAACGAGACAAGAUAAGAGAGAUGAUGAAACAUGCCUGGGACAGCUACAGACAGUACGGCUGGGGUCACAACGAGCUAAAGCCCAUCGCCAAGAAAGGACAUUCCACAAAUAUCUUUGGUAGUUCUCAACUGGGGGCAACCAUCGUGGAUGCAGUAGAUACUCUGUACAUCAUGGGUCUGCACGAGGAGUUCAAGGAUGGCCAGGAGUGGAUUGAACAGAAUCUGGACUUCAGUGUGAAUGCUGAGGUGUCAGUGUUUGAGGUCAACAUUCGGUUCAUAGGAGGAUUGCUGGCUGCCUACUACCUCUCUGGACAGGAAGUUUUCAAACUGAAGGCAGUCCAGCUAGCUGAGAAGCUGCUUCCUGCCUUCAACACCCCCACUGGUAUCCCCUGGGCCAUGGUCAACCUUAAGAGUGGGGUCGGCCGUAACUGGGGUUGGGCGUCAGCAGGCAGUAGUAUCCUGGCUGAGUUUGGGACCCUCCACAUGGAGUUUGUUCACCUCACCUACCUGACAGGAAACCCAGCCUACUAUCAGAAGGUGAUGCACAUCCGAAAGCUACUAGCCAAAAUGGACCGACCCAACGGGCUCUACCCAAACUACCUGAACCCCCGGACGGGCCGCUGGGGCCAGCAUCACACGUCUGUUGGAGGACUCGGGGACAGUUUUUAUGAGUACCUGCUGAAGGCUUGGCUCAUGUCAGACAAGACUGACACAGAGGCUCGCAAGACCUACGAUGACGCCAUCGAGGCCAUCGAGCGCCACCUCGUACGCAAAUCCAACGGUGGCCUAACAUUCAUUGGCGAGUGGAAGAAUGGCCACUUGGAGAGGAAGAUGGGCCACCUGGCCUGCUUCGCCGGAGGCAUGUUUGCACUGGGCGCCGAUGGCUCACCUGACGACAAGGCCGGACACUAUUUGCAGCUAGGAGCUGAGAUCGCGCACACCUGCCACGAAUCCUAUGACAGAACUGUGCUGAAGCUCGGCCCAGAGGCCUUCAAGUUCGACAGCGGCCUGGAGGCGGUGGCUGUUCGGCAGAAUGAGAAGUACUACAUCCUGCGGCCGGAGGUCAUCGAGACCUACUGGUACAUGUGGAGGUUCACCCAUGACCCCAAGUACCGACAGUGGGGCUGGGAAGCAGUACAGGCCAUUGACAAGUACUGCAGGGUGAGUGGAGGUUUCUCGGGGGUGAAGGACGUCUACUCAUCCAAUCCAACCUAUGACGACGUGCAGCAGAGCUUCUUCCUGGCUGAGACACUCAAGUAUCUGUACCUGCUGUUCUCCAGCGAUGACCUGUUGCCCUUGGAGAACUGGGUUUUCAACACGGAGGCUCACCCACUGCCAGUCCUCCACCUGGGAAACAUCACCCUGCCCGGCAGCGAGCCUGCUCAGCGGUAAACAGGCUGGCACUUUUUAUGUGCACCACGGCACCAGGGGCCUGUUUGCCUGCCUACCCAGAAAAACCCACCCACGAACACCAGACAAACAUACAAUUCAGACUCUCGACUGAUUUCUAACUGAGACCAUCAACCGGGGGGGUGGGGAGAGACCACUACAGAGCGAGAGGACCUGUUACUUUACUCGCUCUACUUCUAUGUUUUACUCUUUGACUCUGUCGAUCUGUCUUCUCUGCUCGAAUCUUAAGGAUGGUGGGUGUGCUGCUCAGCCUCGUGUUUGGCUUGAAUCGACUCUUUUUACUGAAGGACAGAGCUCCAAACCAGAGGCGUGAUUAGCUUUUUUUUGUUAUCACUUUUAGUCUUUAUUUGAAGAAACUCCAAUGCAGACUCAAGCUGACACACUGACAGCUGACUAUGAAGGAUUACAAAAACACUUUGACACUUAAACUGAUGAAAGUGUCAUGUUUUGUUUUGUUUUGUUUUGUUUCCAAGCAGACAGACUUCAGGACUUUACAGGGUCUGUUAACACAACCUUCUUUUUUCUUUCUUUUCCUUUUGGACAAAUCAAUAUUGGGGACACAGGGUUGAAUCACAGCCCUCAGCUUCUACCACCCAAAUCCACUUCCUGUUUAACCUCCAUCGGAUGAACUUCAACCUGGAACUGCUAGCAGAUGGGCACAUCAUCAAAGCGAGGGCAGUUUGUGGCAGUGGUCACUGCCUCCUCUGAUCCUCGGUUUUCAGAAAAAAUGGCCAUCAUAAGUGGAAGAGUAAUUAGACAGGGACUACAGCAGGCCUCCCCUUUUCUCACCACUCCACAUGUGUCCUGAUCCUCUUCCAUUUAGAGACACAGCCACAGCUUUCCCCUCCUUAAAAAAAAACAUUCUGCUGCUAUAGGAUUCGAUGCUGCUUUUUCUUUUCUUUAAAUCUCUGUCCUUCACAUUUUCCCCCAUCAUCUCACAGCUUCUAUAAACCUUUGUCUCAUCUUAUUUUCCAGCUUUUCAUCAAUCAGGCACAUUAUGUUCAGGCCCUUACGUUUUGUGAUGGGGUAACCAUGCUUUAUGUAUAAGAAUGUUUGUUUUGUGGUUAAUAUGAAACCUGGUGAAAAUCAUUUAUUUGCAUUUUUAAUGGGAAGACUAUGAAGAAGAGGUUGGUAGAGGAGUGGCACUGAGAAGGGUGAAUAAAUUUAGAAUACCUUAUGGUCUCCUGCUGGCAUCCUAUAUCUACACCCACCCCACCUCAUAAGUCGGAUGCAAAUCUUUGCUUCAGUUUCAUACUUAAAGCACAUGUUUUGGUCGGACUCUUAAAAACAUACAUUUUUAAGGAAUCAAACAUGUUCCACUUGAGUUGUUACACUACAUACACAAUAAGCUAUUCAGUUAAUAUUAGAUCAUAAUACUUUCUGUAUGUAGCUGCAAUUGUGUUACUUUAUCAGAGUUAAACUUGUAAGUGCUGCCUGAGGUCAGGGACAAGUCUGAAGUUCCAGUAAAGGGAUGCGUUUGAUUCCAGAUGCACAUCUUUUGCCCAGAUUUCAGAGCCAUUUUUCUCUGAGGUUUGAAAGUCACAGCAGGGCUCGUUCCGUACUCUGACUCGCGUCAAGAUCUUGACCUUGUUUAUGGAAGUUUGUGCAGCUCCGUUAGCAGCACAGCAGUGCCUCCAGUUAUCACUCUUAACACAGCUCCUCGUGGUACAUCUAAUGCAGCGUGAUGGAUUUACUGCUCGGGUUGCUCAGAUAAUGUAAUGCAGUCUGCAAAAUAAUAAAAAAUAAAUAAAAUGGUAUGUUGGGAAAAAAAGAAUGAUACAGUUCUCCCAUGUGAAUCUGACUAAAAGGUUUAAACGUUUGAUGUGAUCUGCUGCUUUUAAGGGCCGUUCUCUGACUCAUUAAAAAGUCCCAAAGGGCAGCAGACAUGUGAGCCAGCUUGUCUCAUAUCAUAGCAAUGUUAGUGCAAGCGAUUAUCCGACACGCAAGAACCAGAUACCGCUCCUGCUUUGGUUCAUUUGCGGAGCGUCUUAAAGACAACAGCAGUAUUAAACAUCACAGAUUUGUUUAGAUGCUUUAAAGCAGGGAUGUCAAACUCAUUUUACAUCGUGGGCUGCAUGUGGCCCACUGUGAUCUUAAGUGGGCUGGACUCAGUCAGUGUAAAGGCGUUUACCUGCACAUUUAAUCCCAGAGAUAUCUUAAUAUAAGAAAGGACGUUCACUCACGAAAGUUUGUCAUUGAUCUACAUGGUAAAAAGUGCAGCUGUAGUAAACGAAGGAAACCUAAGAAAUGAACGACACAAAAUUCUUUUACUGUAGACUCAAGUGAAAGAAAACAUUCUGUCAUUUAAUUGUUUAUCUAUUACUUAAUUACUUUGGUGUUGUAUGAAUGGCCAUGUAGGAAUGUCAGCAGGAAAAGGUGUGAAACUUGUGAAAAUAUAGUUAAAAGUCCAAAAUGUAUGUCUGCCAUUUUCCAAAGCAGUCCAGCAGGCCAGACUGGAGUCUUUGUUGGUGUGAUUCUGGUCCCUGGGCCUUAUGUUUGACUCCCCUGCUCUAAGUCUUUACAUAAACAUCAGACAUAACAUACCAACAAGACAAGCCAAGCACCAUACAGAAACAGGAAACACUGGCUAACACGUCAUUUUGUGUUAGCCAGGAGCUCUUCAUGUUUUGCAUUUAUGCUUUCGUCUUGUGUUUUGUAGUAGGUCAGUAGGUUUUGUAAUUGCACACACAUUAUGGAGAUUCUUACAGAAAUCACCCUGAACUGCUGGGACACAAAGAUAACAGCACAAAAAGAGCCACAUUUAUUAAAUGCUGUGACAGCUUUGCGUAUUCCUCUCUGUCCUCCUCUCGUCAAAAUGUAAGAAACAAACAUUUCCUUUUAUGAAAGUAGGAUUUGCAGACUAGAUCUGCUGGUCGUCUGUCAGUAAAGCCAUACUGUGUGAUGCGGGACUGCUAACCAACAGCUCCUGCUGCUUUUACAGCACAAACACAGACGGAUGUCGGCUGAAGGAGUCGAUUAGCAUCACUAACUCCAACACUGGGAGUGGAAGCAGACAACGGGGAUUACAUUAAUGUGAUGUCAGACAGUCGUAGCCGAUCUUCUUCGUAACGCUGCUCAUGUUUGAUCGAAGAAAAUUGUAUUUGUUUGUUUUUGGACAAAAUGUAACACAGAAGUAGAAAUGUUGGUAACUUUUAUUCUGGUUUAUUUUAUUUAUGCAGCAAAAUUUCAGCCAUGGUGUUUUUUUUCCCCCUUUAAAAUUUCAGAGAGGCUCUCAGAGCAUUCCUGUGUUGAUCAGGUCGUAGUCAGACUGUUUCAUUCCUCCUGCGUUUUAUUUCCUCUGUGUUAUUUUCCUUCAUUCAACAAUCGUGUCCAUUAAGAGUCCGUAGUUACAGCGCAGUCUCUGACGUCACACUGACAUCAUCACCGCCUACAUGUCACGAGGAGGAAGCCCGAGUUGAAACCUGCACGGCCAUCAAGUCGCUGGGAGCGGCGCUGAUUUUGAAAACUGAGUGUUCUGUAUUUGUAUUUUUACUGAACUAAAAAACGAAAAAAUGAAAUGAAACUAUCUGUAAAUAUGUUUAAAACUGAGACACAGAUUCAAUAAAGAUGUUAUGAAAAGUGA